AUGGCGGCUGUUCACAAUGGCACCAACGGCGUGAACGGCGCGUCGUUUCCCCCCGCGCGUUUCUCAAAAGUUCCCGAGUCAAUUUCCGUCCCAGUAGCCGACGAAGAUGGCAUCGCCGACAUUGACCUCGAGCUGGGUGACAUGAUCGAGGAUGAUCCGACGGAGUUACUCACCCUGCUCGAGACGGAGCGCAGCGCCAAAACUACCUGGGUCACCGUCGCCAUAGCAUACGCCAAACACAAGAAGCUGGAUGUGGCGAUAGAGGUGCUCGCAAAAGCCAUCAGCGUCUUCGCCCAUGCGCGCAGCGACGAGAAGCUCAGCAUCCUCAAUGCGACUUGCUGGUUGUACCUUCUUAAAUGUCGCGAAGCUCCGCGUGUUAACAGUGACAAUGAUCCCGAAGUCAAGACCAAGGACCACUACCUCCAGGCGGCCACCGGUGUCAUCAACGAAGCGUCACGCAUCAGCCCCUCGUACCCACCGCUCUUUCUCGCGCGAGGUGUCCUCUAUCUCCUUCGCGCUUCCAUGGCGAAGCAGAGCGCUUCCAAUGCUGCUGGACCAAAUGCUGUCAACACUGAGCGCAUGGACACGCUGAAGCAGGCUGUUAAGUGUUUCGAAGAUGCCAUUCGGGCGUCAGGCGGCAAAAAUCUCAUGGCUAAGAUGGGCAAAGCGCGCGUAAGCUAUUCCAUGGGCAAAUACGCCGAGGCUCUGAAGGCAUACCAGAGCAUCCUGGAAAGCUCGCCUGGUCUCAUCGAUCCAGAUCCGCGCAUUGGUAUCGGCUGCUGUUUCUGGCAGCUUGGCUUCAAGGACGACGCUGCUACCGCAUGGCAAAGGUCGCUCGAUCUAAACCCACAAUCCAAGAUCGCUCUGACGCUGCUCGGUCUCCACACCUUGAACAAGACGUCCACUCUUCCAGCCACAGAUCCCUCUUUUGCCAGCCUGACGAAGAAGUCCAUUACCGAUUACAUUGUCCCUUCAGUCAAGUUGGACAACAAAUAUCCUCUCACAUGCGCCACUCUCAGCAAAUGGUACAACAUCACUAAGGACAUGGCCAAGGUGGAAACACUCUCUCGUCGGGCCAUCGAGCUCACGGACGUUAAUGCCAUAGCAAGUGACGGCUGGUACCAACUCGCAAGGAAAGAGCACCAGCUUGGGGAUACAAACAAGGCCAUGGACUACUAUCAAAGGGCGGACCUUGCCCGUGGUGGUGACAAUGCCGGAUACACCCCAGCCAAAUUCGGCUCUGCACAAUUGAGGGUUCUGAAACAUGACUACGAUGGAGCUAAGUUUCGUUUGGAGAAGAUACUGCAACAACAAGCGCCGGCUGUGGAGGCGCAAACCCUCCUAGGCACCCUUUAUGCCGAAGAUGUCUUUUCUGGUCAAGCAGGGAAAGAAGACAAGUCGGCUGCACUAAAAAAGGCGUUAAAAUAUCUUGAAGAUGUCCAAAAGGCAUGGAAGGACCCGAAGAGGAAGCUGACGCCCGAUCCAUCAGUAUUGCUCAACCUCGCCAGGUUAUACGAGACCGAGCACCCUGAGAAAAGUCUUAAGUGUCUCGAGGAAGUCGAGCAGAUUGAGCUGAAUGGUAUUCCGGAAGACGACUAUCCAGAUGUCGAAGACGAAGCGGACCUCAAGAAUGCGCUUCGCGAACUUUUACCACCUCAGCUGCUCAACAAUAUGGCAUGUUUCCACUACCAGGCGGAACGCUACCUGCGUGCGCGAGAACUCUUCCAGGCGGCACUCCAGGGUUGCGUGAAGGCUGCAGACCGCGACGAGAGUAUUGAUACCGAUGCGCUCGUCACUUCCAUAAGCUAUAACUUGGGCCGGACAUACGAGGCUGAGGGUUUGCUGAACGAAGCUAAGGAUGUCUUUGAGGGUCUUCAGAGGCGACACCCCAACUACAUCGAUGCUCAGAUUCGCCUGGCAUACAUUGCCCUUCGACAACAACCUACGGACGAAGGUCCAAAAGCUGUGAAGGAACUCGUCAAGGGUAAUGAGGAUAACCUUGAAGUCCGUGCCUUGUACGGCUGGUAUGCGAAUAAGUCAAAGAAGCGGGGUGUAGCUUUCGCUGAAGACCAAGAACAACGGCAUUACAAGCACACACUGCAGAAGUUCGACAAACACGACACAUACUCCCUUACUGGUAUGGGCAACAUUCACCUCGCCAUCGCUCGUGAAAUGCGACGAGAUACCGAGCAAGACAAGGAGAAGAAACGGAAAAUGUACGAGCGAGCUGUUGAGUUCUUUAACAAAGUAUUGGAGUUGGAUCCAAAGAAUGCAUAUGCGGCGCAAGGCAUUGCUAUCGCCAUGGCGGAAGACAGAAAGGAGCAUUCGACUAGCCUUCAGAUCUUCACCAAGGUCAAGGACACCCUCAAAGACUUCAAUGUGUACAUGAACCUAGGGCACACGUACGGCGAGCUGAAACAAUACGCUCGUGCAAUUGAAAACUAUGAGAUAGCACUAGCCAAAAAACCACAUGAUUUGAACAUCAUAGCAUGCCUUGGUCGUGUCUGGUUUGUACGAGGAAAGGGCGAUCAGAGCCUAGCCCACAUGAAGACCGCUUUGGAAUACUCACAGCAGGCUCUUAAACUCGCACCCAAUCAAAAUCACCUGCAGUUCAACGUAGCCUUCGUGCAAUUCCAGAUUGCACAGCUCGUCUACAACCUGAAAGAUACCACACGCACACUCGUCGAUGUCGAAGAAGCACAGGCGGGUCUAGACGACGCAAUCAGGAUGUUCGAAGUCGUCGCAAACUCCGAGAGCCCGCCAUACCCCAAGGACGAUAUCAUUCAGCGUGCAAACAUGGGUCGCAAUACCAUGGCCAAGCAACUCCAGCGUAGCCACGACAAGCAAGCCGAGUACGAAAAGGAGAACGCAGACAAGCUCCAACAAGCACGCGAGGCUCGCGAAACUGAGAUCAAGAAGCGCGAGGACGAGAAGCGUAAGGCUGCCGAGGAGCAAGCAGAGCGCGCGCGCAAGAUCUUGGAGGAGCGACAGAAACUCGAGGAGCGUGAUAGGGAGUACAUGGAACGCCGUGUCGAGGACGACCGGAGACGCCAAGAGCUUAUCGACGACAGCGAGAUGCGCAAGAGCGAGCGGAGAGCGAAAGGCAAGGGCGGAAAGAGGAAGAAGAAGGGCGCUGAUGACUCGGAGACAGAGGCUGGUGGCUCGGACUCAGAUGCUAGUGCGAAGCCUCGCAGGCGCAGGAACAAGAGCGCUGGUGCUUCCGGAAGUGACGGUCUCUCUGAUGAGGAACGGCCUCGCACUAAGAAAAGGAAGUUGGCGAGAAAGAAUGAGCCGGUGGGCAAGUACAAGUCUGCCGAAUUUGUCGACGACGAUAGCGAUGAAGACAUUCCGGAUGCGCCUGCUCAGGCGGACGGUGAUGUAGAUGCUGAACCGGACAGGGCUGCGAGUGAGAGUGGAGACGAGGAUGUCUCUGCACCGCGGCCCAGUGGGCGCAAGCGCGUUGUCGAUGAAGACGAAGAUGAAGAUGAAGAUGUAGCGGUGCCAAACACGAACGGUGAUAGCGCAAUUGUGGCGGAUGCGGACGACGACGAAGACGAGUAG